AUGCCUUCCACACGCCGCGUCAAAGUCCUCUGCCUCCUCCUCUUCGUCUUCAUCAUCACAAUCCUCUUCUACACGUCCUCUGCCCGCGAAGCCGCCGACCGCGACUUCUACUCCAUCACCAAAUCGGCUCUAGACAAGAAGCACGGCACGCCUGGAGCAAAAGAAGCUGUUGUAGGAACUGCAGCAGAUGAGGAGAGUAAAGCUACGAAACAGAGAUUAAAGGAGGCAGCGGAUUCAGCAAAGGAGAAAGCCAACGCCAAAGCACCGAAGCCUGAUCCGCCAAGUGUGGUUGUAGGCGUGGGGAGCGCGGCAGAAGGAGCAUCAGGCGAGAGAGGUGUUGCUGGGAGGAAAAAGUUUAGUGUUGACGGAGAAAGUCAGAAGCCUGUCAAAGAAGAGAGCGAGGAAGAACACAAUGCGGAAGUAGAGCUGAACUUUAUUUUGAAGAAAGCUCCUAUUAUCAUAUUUUCGAAAAGUUACUGUCCGCAUUCGAAACGGGCGAAGAACAUCCUGCUUGGGAAGUACAUUAUCGAUCCUCCACCAUUUGUUGUUGAACUCGAUCAACAUCCUCAGGGUCUCGAAUUACAGGCCCUGCUUGCAGACAAGACUGGCAGACGGACAGUACCGAAUGUUCUGAUCAAUGGUGUCAGUAUUGGAGGCGGAGAUGAUGUCGCAGAUCUAGACGCGAAGAAGACAUUGAUUGACAAGAUUAAUGAAUUUGGUGGAAAGAAGAUGCUACAGGUGAAGGAGAAGCCAGUCGAGGCGAGUGAGGAUCAUGGGUUGAGAUGA